CGUGAAGCAUUGUGGAUUCUGUGCUUCGUCCUCGCCACUUCGUGGAUUCGGUGUUUGGUGGGUGCAUCGUGGGUUCGUGGUGGAUUCGGUGCAUGGUGCUGCGCGCUUCAUGGUUCGCGAAUCAGCGGUCCAUGCUACUUGGUGCACCGUGCUUAGUGCUUUGGUGCUGCGUACUUUGUGAGUUGGUGCUUUCGUCAAUCGGUGCUGCGUGGAUCUGAUUCGGUGGUUCGCGCGUGGAUCGCGAGCUCAUGCCAAGUGCCCCGAGAUUUGAGCAGAUCUGAAAGUUGAGAGGAACAGAAGAAGGUUGAUGUUUGGCUUAGUGGUGGCUCCCGUUAUCCGCGUGCGUCGUGCAUACAUACGGCUGACUCGUUCGACGCUUCUCCCCUUUGUUAGGGAAGAGAAAGAGGGGGGGACUAGAGCCAUCUGAACAGUUCUUGUGGGUUUCUUGGGUUCGUCCAAGCGAGAUGGGCAUGCUGGAUGUUUUUCGGGGAACGAGCUUUCGGCAUGUCGCAUCGCAGGGCAUCAGCUUGGGAUUGAUUAUCACGUCCGCGCUCAUCAUAUGGAAGGCACUGAUGUGUUUCACCGGCAGUGAGUCGCCUGUGGUGGUGGUUCUGAGUGGAAGCAUGGAGCCUGGGUUUAAGCGCGGCGACAUACUUUUCCUGAAGAUGGGAGAUUCUCCCAUCUCCACCGGUGAAAUCGUCGUCUUCCAUGUUGACGGCCGGGAUAUCCCGAUCGUUCACCGCGUGAUUAAGGUCCAUCAUCGUCAGGAGUCGAAUGACGUCGAUAUUUUGACCAAGGGUGAUAACAACUGGGGUGACGAUCGUGCUCUCUACGCGACCGGCCAGCUUUGGUUACAUCAACAUCACAUUAUGGGACGCGCGGUUGGCUAUUUGCCGUACUUGGGAAUGGUAACCAUCGUCAUGACGAGCUAUCCCUACAUUAAGUUCCUUCUCAUUGGUGUAUUAGCAUUACUCGUUAUCACCGCGAAGGAUUGAUUGAUUGAUUGAUCGAUUGAUGAAUCGAGUGUUGCUGCAGCUCCCCAACAAGUCCUUUUACCAUUUACUUGUGGAUCACCCCCGAUGCAGGGCAUCUGGUCGCAUCGCUGCAGUCUGCUGUUGGGUUGGGUCUGGGUAGGAAUGAAAGGCUGGCCGAUGUUGUUUAGGAGAUUGAGGAUGGAAGAGCGCCUUUGGGGUUUGAACUUUGAAGCGCAAUGCAUACGUGGAGUUCAUUUUUUGGAGGAUUUUUUUUCAUUUCCCACGGAAAUCGGGCCGCAAGAGUGUAUGGCGCUGUAUGCUUUAUACCUCACAGUUGUAGCAGUCAUGAUGACUCGAUUGAAGGAGAUGUCGACGCAAGGACGAGCACGUCACUGCAAAGUCUUGAUCUGUUGUUGACUGUUGCCACUUCACGAUCCUUUUCCGCGUACCUGUCAGCCUCAGCGGAGGUCAGCCUCAAGGGUUCUGUUGUGAAGGCAAUUUCUAGUCUGGUUGAGAGUGGCGAGGAAUGAAUGAUGGCCUACCGUCUUCUUCUCAAUGGGGAGACCGCUGAAUAUGCUUCUGAGCCUCCGAUUUUCCUUUUGCUGUGUUGUUUCCUUUCCCUUCCCGCCAUCUCGAUUUACUGUGAAGAUUUAGCAGUUUUGCCAUAUUUCCAUGUGUGUGCUUUGGUCAGUUUUGUUGCUGCACUUUCUCAUCAUUCAUGUUGCUGCAUUGACCAUUGACUGGCUUUGGUCAUUUGUGUUCCUGUGCUCUGUCAUUAUUCAUGUGCAACUGCGUUCCCCUAAUCUAUGUCCCCAUCUU